AUGUCUGACGCCGCACGUUGGAAAGCCACUGUAUUUGUGGGCGGGUUGUCGCCUGUCGUAACCACCACCCACUUACUUGAUGCUUUCAUUCCCUUUGGAGAAAUCGUUGAAGUGCAACUACCCAAGCCAGACUCGCGGAAAUCUACAGAUUCUCACCGUGGUUUCGCAUAUGUCGAGUUUGAAGACCCUGAUGAUGCCAAGGAGGCUAUCGAUAAUAUGGACCAGUCCGAGUUCUUCGGCAAGGUCAUGAAGGUAUCACAAGCCAAGGCACCGAAGAGCGCGGAUGAGGGUCUGGGCAGCAAGAAAGCAGUCUGGGAACAGGAAGGAUGGUUGGCAGAGCAUGCUGCGGAUGAACCAAAUGGGACAUUGGAAGGACAAGGACCGGCUCCGAAUGGUUCUGGGGCUGAUCCUAUGCAAGGCUUGGAGGGACUGGAUGUCGCUGGACCAAAGCAGGCUUGA